AUGGAAUAUACCAAAAAACAUAAGGCCUUUCUACAAGUCUUCGUUCAAGAAGGAAUUCUUUCAAGUGACGACGCCCGUGUAAUGGCUGUAAAAAUAUUUAACCAUAUCAGAGAUGAGGACCUUGUAAAAUACGGAAGUGACUUCGGAAAACUAUGAUAACAAUACUUCGGUUUCCACACACGCUCUUCUUAUAAACGUUCAGUUGCAAAUUCUGAACAUGUCAUUGAAGUUGGUCAAAUGCGAACACACUGGCCAAGAAUAUUGGAUGCUUGUGAGUUCGAUACUUGAUGAUUCAACCAAAUUCCAGCUCGAAUUCAAUCAUGCUCAGCUGGAACUACUCAGAAAAAUAUACUCUGAAAUAAUCACUUCCAACGCUAAGGGCAUUUCAGGAACAGUUUGUCUGAAUAUGUGCUCAAACUUGGAGAAUAAAAUUACGAAACACGAUGCCGAAGAAUUCUUGAGCGAAAUGGUUUCAAGAAAGUGGCUUUACCUUUCGAACGGUAUUUAUUACAUGGGCGCACGAAGCAUUGGUGAAUUGCUACUUUACUUUAAAUGCACCUAUGAAGAUUCCCUAACCAACUGUGUGCUGUGCAAACAUGUGAUUUUUCAUGGCCACAUAUGCCAGGAAUGCCAUUCUGUCUUGCACAAUUACUGCCUACUAAACUACGCGAAGAUUCAAAAACCACUGAAGUGCCCUAAUUGCUCGAAGCCGAUGCCUGAUGUAGAAAUUGAUGAUUCCCAAGGCCCAGAAGAAACGAACUUCAUUGGCAACGGUAACAGUGCUGGUAGCGAUGAUAGCGAAGAAGAAAUACCGCAAGUAAAAAAAAGGCGCAGUAGGCGUCUUUAAUAAGUAUGUAAUCCUAAAUUCUUUAAAAACGACUUUCCCGAUGAUAUUUUUAUACGAAAGUGUUCUAAAAAUGUUACAUUUUAUACGUUAUCAGUAUUAUAAUUAAUAAGUUGAUACUGUUAUGGAACUAUGAUAUAAGAAUAAACAAUCUAGUUUUGUCAAUAAGCUUUUAAUUUUAUUUAUAUUGUGUAAUUAGAAGAAACACAAUUUACAAAAAAUGUAUAUGAUUUAAAAAUAAUAAUGUAUUCGUUCUCUUUGCCUUCAAACAAAUCGACUGUACCAUAACUAAUUGUAGAACAUAAUUAUGAAAGCUUUUAAAAAUGUUAACGAGCGGUAAUCUUGACCAGACGCUAAAAAAAUGAUUAUAGACAAACUGGAAAGGCUUUCCAUUACUUAAAGUAUUAUAGAUACAUGUUUUACAUAUGUUAAUACUUUUCGCUGUAAAAUAAGUAUUUUCAAAACAAAAUUCUAUUCGAAAAUAGUAAAGUUUCGAGACAAUAAAA